UUUUUACCUAACUUUUUACUUGAUGUUAGGGCUAAAUUUGCUCUAACAUCUUCCUCCUGGUAAAUAACAAGGCGCGCACUGAUUUAUGAUAAAUGUUUUGCAGACAUGUUUAUCAUGGUAAACUAAAGCCACACUUGCUUGAGCAAAAAAAUGCUGAUGUUUAAAAAAAUUUAUAAACAAAACUGAAUCAUGUGAUGAAUACAACCGCGUUUUGCCCUUUCGCUUUAAAUCUGAAAUUCUUAUUGGUUAAAGCUCUGAAGUGGCCCUUCAGAGAGGCUCGUGAUUGGUGGUCUGGUUCUCCAUUGACACACACUGCUUCCUGCUCACGCGAAGACCAUCAAUAGUAGAAAAGUUUAAAUAACUUGCAAAUGUUGCGCCGAUGUAUGUGACGUCACGGGACACAAGAUGAUACAUUGUAGCCGAGGUGCGAUACUCGCGCUUUUAUGUGUUACAAUGUUGCACUGCAUCUUCGGUGAGUUUCACACUCUGGCGCAUCUGAGAGCGCGAGCCAGCGAUAAAACUCAGUCCAGGGCUGUGGUGGAUCUACUCAGACGGCUCCUGGGGAACCGAUCCCGAGAGUUCAUCGUGUCGGUCAACAGGACUCUGUCCAAUGACAGUUCAGAUGUGUGUGAGCUGCGAUCCGCGAGAAACGACAAGAUCAUGGCGGUGGGCUCCACGGGGGUGGCGGUGGCCACCGGUAUAUAUAACUAUCUGAAGUACUUCUGCAACUGUCACGUGUCCUGGUCCGGGGAUCAAUUAAAUGUCCCGAGACCUCUGCCUCCAGUCACCGGUGUCCUGCGCAUCAGCACGCCUCACAGGUUUAGGUAUUAUCAGAAUGUGUGUACCCAGAGCUACUCCACUGUGUGGUGGGACUGGCCAAGAUGGCAAAGAGAGAUUGACUGGAUGGCACUGAACGGUAUAAACCUUCCCCUGGCAUUUACUGGGCAGGAGGCGCUGUGGCAGGAGGUUUAUCUGUCUCUUGGUCUAAACCAGACAGAGAUCGAUAGUUUCUUCACAGGUCCAGCUUUCCUAGCGUGGAACCGCAUGGGGAACUUAUUUCAGUGGGGUGGAACACUUCCUCAGUCCUGGCAUGUCAAACAGCUCAACCUACAGUUUAAAAUCUUGGACCGAAUGAGAGCUUUUGGAAUGAUACCUGUAUUGCCUGCCUUUUCAGGGAUUGUACCUGAGGGAAUUAGCAGGUUAUUUCCCAAAGCAAAUGUGACCAAAUUGAGUCCCUGGAGCCAUUUUAACUGUAGCUUCUCCUGCGCUCACAUGCUGGACCCUCGAGAUCCGCUCUUCCAGCACAUCGGAGCUCUUUUCUUAUCUCAGGUUAUUAAGGAGUUUGGGACAGACCACAUUUACAACACAGACACCUUUAAUGAAAUGAGCCCGGCCUCCUCAGACCCCACUUACCUGGCAUCUGUUAGUCAGGCGGUUUUUAAAACAAUGACUUCAGUGGAUCCUCAAGCAAUUUGGCUGAUGCAGGGUUGGCUAUUUAUCCAUGACCCUUUGUUCUGGAAACCAGACCAGGUCAAGGCCCUGUUACAUGGCGUUCCCCUGGGACGAAUGAUUGUCCUGGAUCUCUUUGCUGAAUCCAUGCCUGUCUAUUCUUCCACUAACUCCUUCUACGGCCAGCCUUUCAUUUGGUGCAUGCUGCACAAUUUCGGUGGGAAUAGUGGUUUGUUUGGAACGGUGGAUCGUGUUAACUCCGGCCCCUUUGAUGCCCUCCGCUUCCCAAAUUCCACUCUGGUGGGGUUGGGUUUGGCCCCCGAGGGCAUCGAGCAGAACCCGGUGGUUUACGAACUCAUGAGCGAGCUGGCCUGGCGCAAAGAACCAGUCAACCUUUCCAAGUGGGCAUCGCUGUACGCCUUGCGCCGCUACGGCAGCAUGGAUGAGAACUUGGCGUUGGCAUGGCGACUGCUGUUUCAGGGCGUGUACAACUGCACUGUUCCUCUAUACAAGAAUCACAAUCGAAGCCCUCUGGUCCAUCGUCCAUCUCUGCGCAUGCAGACGGACGUUUGGUAUGAACCAGCUGACUUGUACAAGGCGUGGAAGUUGCUCUUCGAGGCAGCGCCUGGGUUGGUUGCGGUGGAAACCUUCCGAUAUGAUCUAGUUGAUGUAACGCGGCAGGCCCUUCAGCUCCUCACGACCGAAUUCUACAAGGAGAUACGUGAUGCAUUUCAGACCCAAAAGCUUCCCGACCUCCUGACGGCUGGUGGUGUGCUCCUUUACGAUCUGUUACCCGAGUUGGAUCGCCUUCUUUCCAGCAACGAACACUUCCUGUUGGGGGCGUGGCUCGAGCAGGCACAGUCCCAGGCACUGGACGAACACGAAGCUCAGCUGUACGAUUUCAAUGCACGAAAUCAGAUCACCCUUUGGGGACCCGAUGGCAACAUCCUGGACUAUGCCAGCAAAGAGUGGGGUGGUCUGGUGGAGGACUAUUAUUUACAACGUUGGGCUUUGUUUGUCAAUACAUUAGUGGAGUGUCUUGACAGGGCAAGGCCCUUCAAACAGGAUGUCUUCAACCAAGCUGUGUUUCAGGUUGAGAAAGGGUUUGUCUUCAACCAGAGAAAAUAUCCCUCCAAACCAAUAGGAGACACUUUUGACAUUGCACACCGAAUCUUCUUGAAAUACUACCCAUAUGUGAUGAAAAAGUUAAUGACAACACAUUUUUGAACCACAGAAAUGAUCCAUGAAUCAUUAUAUAUCAAAUUGAUAUACAAUCAAAGUGCAGCGUCUAUACAAUUUCUUUUAAUGUUUUUUGUAAACACCACUGGCAGUGUUUGAACAGUUAGUUAAGUGGUCGACAUGUUUAUAGCUUGCUACCUAAAUGACAUCCGGUUUAAAGUUAAACAUUUUUUGAAGAUGGCCCCAUCACCGUAUUGAGGUUGGCUACCACCAUAAAAAUGCAAGAAAAUAAUGUAAAGUGCAACUGGUCUGCAUGACUGAAAUGGAUGGUAUGCUUGGAUGUCUAAGAAGUUGCUGCUUUCAUUUCAGGUUGUUUUGUAUGGCACAUAAACUGUAUAUACUGUACAUUUUCAAAAUGUGAAUUUGGGUAAAAAUAUAAUAUAGAUGCUAUAUGACAUAGUUAAAAAUUAGAUUAAACAUAUUUUUGUGGUUAAAAAGUAGAAAUUGGUAGUUUUUGCCAUUUUGUAAGUAAUAGCUAGUCUAUUACUAAAGGAUACAAAUUUAGACUUAAGAAUUUUAAUUGCAAUUUAAUUUUAGGUUAUUGAUAUUUGUUUAGACAGAGAUUAGACUGAACCUGACUGACUAUCUUCUGUUUCGUAGUUAACCAGCAAAGACAAAAACUUUGUGUGCUACAACUGCAAAGCUAUUUUUGUAUUUUGAAAUAAAAGCCAGAUUUUUCAUAAAA